GAUUUUUGCACUACACGCCAUCUACUACACGAUGACGCAGUAGCCGUUCCAGCAUCUUUUUCCCUCAGAGGGCUGUUGCUGCUACAACUCCCUCCCCCCGCUCGACAUUUCUCUUAUCUACGAACAGGCGGCCAGUAUGGAUAUUGUAAAUCAGUUGGUGGCCAAUGGGCAGUUCAGAGUCCUCAAAGUACCUCUAGGGUUCAUAAAGGCCUUACAAUGGUUCUUCGCCAUAUUUGCGUUCUCCACAUGUGGCAGCUACUCUGGGAUGUUCAAGAUGAGCGUGGAGUGUAAGAACCGCACAGACAGCGACCUCAGUAUAGAGGUGGAGUUUGAGUAUCCUUUCAGGCUCCACCAGGUGUACUUCGAUGCCCCCACCUGUAAGGGGGGGAACCCAGAGCGUGUGUUCCUGGUGGGGGACUACUCCUCCUCCGCAGAGUUCUUCGUCACCAUCGGGGUGUUUGCCUUCCUGUACUCCAUGGCUGCUCUCAGUGUGUACGUCUUCGCCUUGGACAAGUACCGCGAGAACAACAAGGGACCGUUGAUCGACUUUGGCGUGACGUGUGUGUUCACCUUCAUGUGGCUGGUGAGCUCAGCGGCGUGGGCCAAGGGUCUCUCGGAUGUCAAGACCGCCACAGACCCUGAUGAGGUGCUGACUAUGAUCGAUGCCUGCGACGUUGAGGGCAACCGGUGUCGUGAGGUCCAUGACCCUGUCAUGUCCGGGCUCAACACCUCCGUCGCCUUUGGCUUCCUGAACCUGAUCCUGUGGGGGGGCAACCUGUGGUUCGUCUUCAAGGAGACUGGCAUCAUCGCUCCCUUCAUGCGCCCUCCCCCUGCCCAGGAGAAGCAGCCGGCUCCAGAGUCCUUUGGGCAGCAGGCGGGGUACGAGCAGGACCCCUAUGCUGGCUCCCAGGGGGGCUACCAGCCAGACUACAGCCAGCAGCAGGGCGGGUACAACCAGGAGCCCGACUACACCCAGCAGGGGGCGCCAACCUCCUUCUCCAAUCAGAUGUGAGAUGGGAGGGAGGAGGAAGGAAGGAAGGAGGCAGGCGGCUG